AUGAACCCAGAUAACCUACCUCCUGAUCCUACUAUAUCACCUAUUGGUCUUUGUCCAGGAAGAUCCAACCGCCCAUGUGGAAGACCUAUGCCACCUAUAGCUAUAUACAAAGCUACUGGAUCUCCUUCCAAGAGGCAUUUGAAAGGAUCUCUCUGUCAAACUUGUUCUGAUUAUAGGUGUUUGUACACCUAUCAUCAUACUCCUGCAUAUAUAUAUGAGGAUGCCCAACGUCUUUUGCACCGAAUUAAUUUUCCUGAUGAUCCACAGGGCUAUCCUCGCACUCUUAGACCUUAUAUUUCCAUUUCAAACACUGCCAAUCAUUCUUCUUCUCAGCCAAAUCAGACUCAACAAAGACGAGCUCAGUCCAACUCUACUGGUGUUAUUCCUAUUCCAAUAUCAGAUAAACUACUCUGCACAGUUUCUACAUGCUUUACAAAGUCAGGAACCCGAACUCAAGGGAGUAGAACUUGCAUUGAAAAUAAAUGCAAGACCUGUUGUACCAAAGCUUGCAAAGAUGCCAUUUCUAAGCAAGCUUUUAGAAAGGCAUGUCAUGCCCAUCGCCAGCCCGAAAAUGUACCUUAUGCUCCUGAUAUUUCAACUCCUGCUUCUCCAGAAAGAAUCUCUCAAGUUCAUUCUCCUCCUCUUCCUCCUCUUUCUACCCAAUCUGUUACCCAAAACAUUUCUAUCUCACCACCACCGAGCCCUUUCAAUAUUUCUGCUUCUCAGGUCUCUCCAAAUCAAUCCCCAAACCAGGAUAUGGUUAUUUCUACACCACCUGCUACUCAGUUCGGACUUGGACAGGUUAUUCCAAGAGGCCUGGCUCAACCUGUAGGAGGUACAUGGGCACAAAAGCGAACAGGAUUACUUAGUCAUACCCGAAACCUCAAAUCUCUAAAAGUUAAACAACAUGAAAUGGAUGAACAACGAAAAAGAACAUGUAUUUUGGUUGUAUAUCACACUAAUGGACAGCCUCCUAUUAGGCUUGAAUAUUAUAUACAAUCCUUUCCCCAUUUUCGCUUGUCAGACUCUGCUGAGUUAAUGAAAAACUUGGAGCUUCAGCCAACAACCAAACUGGAUUACUGGAAAGGAGAAUGGGUAACUCUCACCAUGGAAAGUGUUCUUACUGUUGAAAAGGGCCAAAGACUGAUUUUAAAAAUCCGUCCAAGCCUUAGAGAAACAUUAGAGCACUGUCCUGGAAUUGAAGAUGAGCUCAAACUACAACCAAAGACAUCACAAGCUUUGUUAGCCCAACAACACACCACAUUAGUGUCGCCUAUUCGUCAAUCUGCAAUACAGGAAGCAUCUUCUCUAACAAUUACACAUUCUACCUCAAGAAAUCGGUCUGCUAGUCCAAUUUUAUCAAAUCAUAUCCAUAUUCCUAGGAAGAAGCGCCCACAUGGAUAUAGAACCCCAAAUUCAUCAGACAGUGAUUUACCCCCACCACCAAAAGUUCUAAAGAAAUCUCAUAACUUACCACCACCACCAAAGGUUCUAAAGAAAUCUCAUAACUCUACAAAGCAGUGGCCGUUUGAUUUCAAGGUCUAUCAAAUUCACAAUGGAUUUCUUCAAAUGCAAGAAACACUAUCCAAAUCUCAAACCUCUAGAAGCAACCCUUAUAUGAAGUCAUCCAAGAAAUCUGCAUUAUCUAUUCGUCCAAGAUCUCGUAUAAGUGUCAAAGAUGCUUUCUAUGCUGCUUUUCCAGAUGCUUCUUUUCACAAAUCCACAUUUUAUGAACACAAAUCUUAUUGGAAAACAUAUGACAAAGAUAUUGUUGGCUAUUUUGUGGACAUGGGCAACUCGAAACAGGCAACAUAUAGGUCAUUACAGGCUGCCUUAAAAAACCCCCAGGAUAUUCCAGAUACCUUUUCUGAGUCCUCCUCUUCAGACAGCUUGGAUGACUCAAGUUCUUCAGAAAACAUCAGUCCUAGUGCUCGUGUCAGCCCUCUUUCCCAUAUUUCCUUGCCUCAUAUAGCUCAGUCUAAUGUCAAUGGUGGAUUAUUGACCAAAGAAAAGAUAUCCAGUCUCCGUCAUCAAAUCCAGGGUGAUAAAGAAUUACUUUGUUACGUUCUUAUGGACCCUGAAGAAAGCAUGUUUUUCUGUAAUUCCAGAAAAACCUUUGAAGCUAGCUGCAGUCAAACUCCGGAUAAAUCAAAGAAUCAACUUCUUUUAGAUUGCAUUGCCUACUAUGGUCCAGAGAUACAAGCUCUUAUUAUUUCUGAGCUAAGAGAAAUGUUUCCUGAAGAUUCAGAAGACAUAGAUAUGUCAAUUCUACAGCCUCUCACCUAUGAUUCAGUUAUUGAAGAGGUGCUUUUUCCUGAAACAGUGACACUUCUCAUUCAAGAAGAUCUUCGGAUUUCUAUGCUAGAAGUAAUGCAACUUUUGCAAGACAAGCAUGCUAUCACCAAGGAUGCAGCAAUAUCUACUCCUACUAUAAAAGAAGAGAAGAGUGAUAGUAUUACCCUCACUGGCUCUGCAAAAGGAAAAGAGCGUGCUGUUAUCAGCGGUGAUAUUAUUGACCUGACCGUGGAUUCUCCAGGCCAAAAACCUAUCAAGCAGGAUGUUUCUGCUCAUCCUGGCAUUGCUUUUGGUACCUGGGAAAUCAUUGACUUGACUUUAGAGCCUGAUUCUCUGUAG